UUCAGCUGCGGAGAUAAUUAGCAGAUUGAUGUUGAAAUACAUACAGGCUCAUGUGCUGUUUGUUAGAUUACUGCCUCCUCGUCUAAUGUUGAAAUUGUGUGGAUAUGUGAAGCCUAAAAUGGCUAAAAAGAAGGAAAUACUAUAAGUGCUGAAUGAUGCUAAAGUGCUCAACUUCACAGCUCAGCUUCCUAACUGUCUAAAACAUAAGUUGAAAAAGAAAAAUGUGCUUCAAUACACAGUGCUGAAACAUUCCCACUGCGAUACUUCAACCAUGAUUAUUUAAUGAAAGCACAAGGUCUCAGUUUCUGUCUCUGUUCUUCUGCACCUGACCUGAAGCGCUCAAUAAUUCAGCAGGCCAGUGAAGAAUGAAUGAACUCUCUACACCAUACUGUGAGCGCCGAUGGCAAGGGACUCGCAGCUCUCAAGCCAGGCAUAUAACAUCAAAAAUAGCUGCUGAGGAAACAUGGAGGAGUGCUCGAAGAAGACAGGGCCGAGACACGAGGGCAAGCCGAGGAAGGUGAGGUUCAAACUGGCGUCGUCGUACAGCGGCCGUGUGCUGAAGCACGUGUACGAGGACGGCCAGGAACUGGAUAGUCCUGAGGAGAAGUACCCUCACAGCUUCAUCCACACAAAGAUCCCUCAGCACCUGGACGUGGAGCAGCUUUGCAGCUUUGAGGAGGUCCAGGGUCAGGAUGUAGAUCCUCCUACGGGUCUUAUAGCCCAGCGCAUUAACGUGUACCGAGCAGUGAGUGGCUUCAGACCGUUAUCUAGUGAUCAACAAGCUGAAAAAGCGCCAGUUUUAGACUUCGAAAAGAUCAUCAUCUAUACCAGCAACCUGAAGAUCAUCCGAUCUCCUAGUAAAAAAGCUGAGAGUGGUGUGAGCUACCACCACCGUCGAGGAGAAGGUCGAGAGGUUUCUCCAGGCCGGGAGUCCAGAUCCAAAGGGAGACACAGAACAAAAAGUGUCCGUAAGGAGGAACGAUGUCCUGCUCCCAAGGAAGAGGAGACCGGCGGCUGUGAGCAGUGUGGAGGUUCGGGUACCGCCCCGUGUUCCCUGUGCCACGGCAGUAAGCUGUCCAUGUUGGCCAACCGCUUCAACGAGUCUAUCCGAGAGUUACGCUGCCCAGCCUGCGAUCCCCACGGCUUAGAGCCGUGUCAGUCAUGCGUCCAGUAGACUUUUAGAUACCAUGCAGUUCUAAUAAAUACCCUGGACAGUUAUUAUGGACAGCGUGAAGAGGUCUGGUAUUACAAGAUGGAACCUGAGUGUGAAGUUCUGACCAGGAAUAAUGUUUAUAAUGGUGAUAAGAGAGGAAUGUGUAAGAAUCCAUUACCAUGCAGUAGGAAAACACUGAGGAGAGAAACUGACCUGAGUCUGACUUUAACUUAUAGUCAGCACAAGGUUCUGUGUGUAAGGGAAUAUUUAAUGCAAUACCACUAUAUAUAUAUAUAUAUAUAUAUAUAUAUAGAACCUUUUAUUUGUCAUAAAAUAAGCAUUUGAAAUAUACUUUACCUAAAAUAUUUGUUUUGUUGUUCUGCUAGUGUCACCUAUCCCAGGAGGUGAUCGUUUUGUGUAUUGGG